CCGGAAGCGUGCGGGCCGCGGCGGCGGGGUCGGCAUGGCGGGCGGCGGGGAUCCGCUCCGCGCCCUGCUCCGCGCCGCCAACGCGCUCCUGCAGCAGCGCCGGUACCGCGCCGCGCUCGCCGUGCUCAAGGGCUUCCGCAACGGGGCCGUUUAUGGAGCAAAAGUUCGUGCCCCACAUGCCCUGGUGAUGACUUUCCUGUUCAAGAGUGGAAGUUUAAGAGAGAAAUUGGAGUCGAUUGCUCAGGCUACGUACACUCAUUCCCGGAACUUGGCCUAUUUUGUGUUCACCUACAAGGGGCUGAUGGCGUUGCAGUCCCGACUGCAGGGGAAAAAAAUCCCCUUUCAUUCUUUCUUUGCAGCCUGCAUUGGGGGUUGGCUGGUGUUCGGUGACAACAACCCCAUCAACAGCCAGAUCGUCAUGUACCUGCUGUCCCGGAUCCUGUUCGGCCUGUCUCGCCUGGCGGUGGAAAAGGGCUACAUCCCACAGCCAAAGCAGGAUCCCUUUCCCCUUGUUGCUGCUCUGGUCUGGGGGACAGUUCUGUGGCUCUUCGAGUACCACCGGCACACGCUGCAGCCCUCCCUGCAGUCCUCCAUGACCUACCUGUACGACGACAGCAACACGUGGCACGACAUCUCUGACUUCCUCGUUUAUAACAAAAGGACAGACAAGUAGCAACAGGGAGAGUGAAAUAUUCCCCUUCCCAUUGCCUGGUGCUGUGAUGUUUGGGAUUGAAUUGCAUCCCAAGUGGCUCGGCUGGAGUAGGAAUAAAGUCUUCUGCCUCUUGAACUGAAUCUAACCCUGAGUCCCACCUACAUCCACUGUGAGAUCUCACAGUGUAGAGAUGGAAGCUGCUUGUUCUCAUGUCAUGCAAAUCCAUGGUGUGUUUGGCGCCCAAAAGACAAGACAGUGCUUUGCCAUAACAACUGUCUGUGGCACCUUCAACUUUUAGCUUCACCUGCUUUUACACCCUGUGCUGAACACUUGAACACUGAUCAGUAUUUAAGCGAGACCCCAGGAAAGCUAUAGAAAGCUAUAGAAAUUAGGAACUGGGUUUGUUUCAUUCUAGUUGAAUAUUUUGCUUGGUGUAGAUAAGCUUAAAGAUUCAAGUACAGAAAAAAUACUGAAACUGAAGGUCUGAUUUCUUUAUAGACAUGGACUCAUUGAAUGGUUUGGGUUGGAAGGGACCUUAAAGCUCACCCAGUUCCAACCCCCUGCCACGGGCAGGGACGCCUUCCACUAGAGCAGGUUGCUCCAAGCCCCUGUGUCCAACCUGGCCUUGAACACUGCCAGGGAUGGGGCAGCCACAGCUUCUCUGGGCACCCUGUGCCAGCGCCUCAGCACCCUCACAGGGAAGAGCUGCUUCCUUAUAUCCAACCUAACAUCCUUUCUUUGCACCACUGCUGGGUGUCUGAAGCAGCACAUCUCUCUCUUUAAUAUGUCAGAAGCCUCAAUAUUGUCCCAAAUAAGGAUGUCAGUGUUCUAAUAUUGCUGCUUCCUACAAGCUGUGGUGGGAUUUCAGAGAACUCUUCCAUGGUCUGACAGCUCUGGCUUGGGAAUUUCUCCCUAUGACUAUUCAGGCUCCUAAAUCCUUCAGCGUGUGUAAUUACUGUAGCAGGAGAUGGUGCAGGCUGGUUAUGUGAGUGUGUGUCUGGAAGGAGAGUUUAACCUCUUUAAUUCAGAGCUGCCAUUCCUUCCUCUGAGAAAGCCUUGGGAGUCCCUUAGAGGCAAAAUCAUUUUCCUCUGCUAAGUAGUUCUAUCACUACAACCAUGUGGCUGCUUGGGAAGCACUUUUCUGGCCACAGGAAGGACAAGUGGCUUGUCCUGUCCUUUUUAGCCUGCUGUCUGGAGUGUAUCUGUCCUCUCUAGAAGGUACAAACAAGCCCAUAGCAAGUUUCCACCUGGCAGCAGUGACUGUCAGUUGUCCCUGUUCAAAACCCUCUUUUUCUUUUGGGGAGCCUAUCCCCAGCCUCGCUCUCAAAGCAAAUUGUGCUUGAGCCUCCAACCAUCUGUACUUGUGCUCCAGGAAGCAGCUGCUGUCCCUGGAAGACAAACUGCAGCUCAUCCCAGAGCAGGUCCGUGGAGCAGCAGCCAUCAGCAGCGCCUUUGUGGACGGUUGGUUUUCCUGCUGUGUCGGGGCAGGACGUUAAGCUCCAAGUCACUUCAUUCCCCAGGGAAGUAAUUGGAACAGUUCUUUAAUGGCAUUAGUCUGCAUUGCUGGUUCUGGGACCAGAUAGCUGGGGAUGAACCCCUUAUGCUACCAAGGUGUUGGAACAAUGCGGGUGUGUGGUAAGGAAGUGAACUAGAAGUAAUUUGUCUGAGUCGGACUUUUCGGAUACAGAAGUUCCACUCCCUGCCCUCCCCCAGCGCUUUGUGUGGGGCUUGGAGUCCCCUGGUUGUGUCCCUUUUUUAGCAGCGUUAAAACCAAAAGAAGAAAGAGACAGUUGGAAGCCACCUGCAAAUCAGCCAAAUGCUUCAGAGUCACAAAGUGCCAUUUUCUGCCCCCAGCCCCGAUGGGCUUUGAGUGUUCAGCUGAAAUGGGUUCGUUUGUCUACACCAACUUUAUUCUCCCUUGUUAUCUCUUGACACCUGACUGUGCGCUGCUGAGAGCCUCGGCAGAGGAGCAGGGUGUCUCGAUGCUUGUCUAAAAUGAAGGUUACUGGAUAAAACCGAAGUGUUCAUUUUAAACCCAUGCUUCUCCUUUGGAUUUGAAGCCUCUCUUCGAGGCAGUUUUAAAGGUUAAUGAAUCGAACCGAUCAAAAGUUCUCAGAGUGAAUAGCAGAGUGACUGCCCUGAGCUAUUAAUCAUUUAUUUGCUGACGGAACAAAGCAGCUCAGGGUUAUUUAGUGCGGCUGCAUGCUGCCCCAGCAUUCCCACUGUGCUUCCCUGCUCUUUGGAGGACAGCUUGUGUGCCAGGGCUGGCUGUCAGGACCCUUUCCGGGACAAUUGCAUUAUUUAACAAAGGAGAAAAUGAAAUGGGGGGGAAGGGGGAGGUGUGACAUUUGGUUUAGCUCAGGUUUGCUGGACUCUGUGUGAUCCUUUCAGUGAAGGGGAAGGAUAUUUGAGAAGGCAAAACCUCUGCUUGUGCAAUUAGUGCCACAGGGAAGCGCUCGCCGAGGUGUGAACCUGCGGUGGCAGGGUGGCUGUGGCUGGGUAAUGCCCUGUUCAGAGCAGUCGGGGUGGAAAGGCUGCACAAGACUUUGACACCCAUGAUGCAAGCCCUUCUUGCCCUGGUAGAGUAGUUCGAGCUGUGCUUUAAACCCAGCUGGGUUGGGGCAGGAGUGUGGGGUGAUCUCUGGCAGCUGAAGCAGGGUGAACCCAGGCACCCAUGGGGACCCCGGUGGCUGCAGAGGGGUCCCCGGGGCCUGCUGAGCUCUGCAGCCUGCUGGGUGCUGUCACAUUUGGCUGGUGGAGCUGCAGUGACCAGAAGAUCCCCUCACACGGCAGGAGCUGCUGUGGCUCCAGCCCGUUUUCACUGUGUCAGCACAGACCCGACCUUUGGCUCCCGCCCCGGCCGGGGACUGUUUCCUAUUUGUCAGCCCGUGUUUGUCAUCCUGGAUCAUGCCAACCCGAGCAGGAUGUGUCCCGUGUUCUGGUGCUGGUUUUGAAAUGAGGAGAUAAGGGAGGAGAGGAAAUGAGGUGUAAUGCUCCCCAGCCUAAUGCCUGCAGCCACUGUUAAUGCUUUAGGGGUGCUAAUCUCGACUCUUCAACCUGUGUGUUCACACCCGAUUGUUGGAGAAGGGAACUUCUUCUGUUUUGUCUGUCUCAUUUCCUUAUGAGACUGGUGCUGAGGAGGGGAAAACAGAUGAAAUGCUCUGUUACAUAAGCACUAUUCCCUCUGCUUUUGGUAUAUAUUUUAUGUCCAUGAUUGCCACGUAAUCCAGGCCCUGAUUUUCUGAAAGCAUAGAAUAAAACAAGGAACAUAAACUCAGGUCACUUGUAAUGACACUGAAGAGGAUGCUUGUAGCAAUGGUUCAGGUUUGGGGUUUAAAACAUGCAGGAGAGGAAUCAGUGGGUUGUUGGAGUAGCUCUGUCCAUGCUGAAUUGACUCCUUGUGCAGGCAGUGGAGAACAGCAACCCAAGACUUUCUGCCACGCUCAUGUGCAGGUUAUUUCUGUGUAAUCACCUUAAUACUGUGCUUUCUAGAAUAAGCAUAACAAUAAAACCCUAAUUUUUUGUCUUUUU